AUGGUAGGAUGCUCUGUGGAUGGCACUUUUGUGAAUAACAUUAGUUAUGCAGACGACAUGGUGCUGCUGGCCCCAUCCGUCAACGCUCUCAACAAGAUGCUCAGUAUUUGUGAACAGUAUGCCAAGGCACACGGGCUUAAGUACAACACGUCUAAGAGCGUGAUGUUGGUUUUUAAGGCGGGUACCAAACGUUAUCCACGCGUGCCGCCGGCUAAACUGGACAACACACCUCUUAGUAUCGUUAAAGAGUUUAAAUACCUUGGACACUGGGUCACGGAGAGUCUGAGUGACGACAAAGAUGUGGAGAGGGAGCGUAGGGCGCUCGCAGUAAGGAGCAAUAUGUUGAUUCGUAGGUUCGCAAGGUGUACUAAAGAAGCUAAGGUUACCCUUUUUAAGGCGUAUUGUCAAUCGUUUUACACUUGCAGCCUAUGGAUUAACUACACACUACGGGCUCUCAGCGCCCUACGCGUCCAAUAUAAUAAUAGCUUUAGGAUGCUGUUGGGGCUGCCGCGCCAUUGCAGUGCAUCGGGGAUGUUUUGCGAGAGACGUACGGACGGCUUCCAUGCCAUAAUCCGCAAGCGCGUUGCGUCCUUGGUGAGGCGCCUGCGCGGCAGCCCGAAUAGCCUCCUUCAGACGGUGGCAGAGCGCCUAGACGGCCCUUUCCAGCUUCAUUGGGAUAAGCUGCACAGGGCGUCUAACUGA